AUGCAAUUCACCAAGUAUAUUCUAGCCACUGCAAUGGCACUCUCAACUGGCGGCUUCGCUGUCGAUGUCGACAUUGCCUAUACGUCCAACGGUGUUGAGCACGUCCAAGUGGUACAGUCCAAUACAAUUGUUCCACUAGACUACCCAGGUCUUAUUACCACCUUCCAGACCACUUACCCCUGCGAUCUUUUCCCAUCGUCAGAAGUCAACGCCUUAUACGUCCAUCCUGGUGCCCAUGUGAUUAAUCCCGGAUUUGAGGCCGCAACUAUCGUCUGCCUUGAUAUUUAA